UCAGCGUGGCUGUUGUUGGGAGGUGGUGGUGGUGACAUUGAGGGGAGCUGAGGGACUGUCAUGGUGGCGUCGCUGGGGCGGGCGGCGGGGCGGCUGCUGCUGCGGGCCGGGAGCGGCGCGACCGGGCUGCGGCGCGCGGGCGGCGGGGUGCACAUCCAGCCGCGGUACCGGCAGUUCCCGGAGCUGACGCGGGCGCAGGUGAUCCGGAGCGAGCUCCUCAGCGGCUUCAUGUGGUUCUGGAUCUUCUGGCACUUCUGGCACAGCUCGGACAUGGUGCUGGGCCACUUCCCCUACCCCGACCCUUCGGCCUGGACGGACGAGGAGCUCGGCAUCCCGCCGGACGACGCGGAGUAGGAGCCGCCCCGGGGCUCGGCUUUGCGGGCAACGGCAAUAAACGCAGUCGCCAGGCCA